AUGGAGAUGUUGGACGAGGUGAACAUUAACCCACUCCCUCCAUUCGACGCUGGGAUGGGCGGAGAUGAGGACGACGCGGAUGAAGGGGAAGAAGGGGGCGAAGGGAAAGAAGAUAAAGGGGAUGAGGGUGUGGUCGAGGUGGAGGCCGAUGGAAAUAGGAAGAAGAGGCGGGCGAACAGCUACACAGAAAUUGACGACAUCACCUUGUGCCGAGCUUGGGCCGCCGUGAGGAUGGAUGCAGUCUCCGGCACCGAUCAAACAGGGAAGCGCUACUGGCAACGCAUCGAGGACAAAUUCCAUAAACUGAUGCCGCGCGUUCGCCAUCCUAUCGAUCGCACGUACCGAUCCCUCCAAGGACGUUGGGACGCGAUCAAACCGGCCUGCAGCCGCUGGGCAGCAUCAAUGGACCAAGUGGUGUCCAAUCCUCCUAACGGCGCAACUGUGGACGAAUAUGACCGCAUUGCCGAUGCGAGGUACAGAGACAUGGCCAGCAGCAAGGGCAAGAGGUUCACCAUGCGCCAUUUCUUUGAUGUGCUUCAACACCUCCCCAAGUGGCAAUUGAGGGACGAAGAAGUAGCACCCAAGAAAGCUGCAAUGGUUGCGCUCGACGACACCGAGGACGAGAAGAAGGGCUGGAACGCUGACAAGCCGGAGGGAAACAAGAAGGCCAAGGAGAGGCUCAAGCUCGAGGAGGAGGAGGCUGCAUUGUUGAGGGACAAGUUUGAUCAAAUGAUGAAGUCCAAGGAGGUGAUUGCGGCCAAGACUUUGGAGACCAAGCUUGUCAUCAUCGGGAGGAAGAAGGAGGUGAGCCUUGCCAAGGUAGAAGCGAACCGAGAGAAAGCAAGGAACAAGGCCAAGUUAGAGGAGAUGAGGAUCAAUAUGAAGAAGACCAAAGCAAUGAAACAACUAUUGGCCGAAGAGAGGGAGAUCACUAUGAUGAACACCAAGCACAUGAAUGAGCAACAACUAGAGUGGUGGAAGGAGGCCUCGGCGGAGAUCACGGCAAGGCGAAUACUAGCUCGUGAAGAGGCAAUUGGUGGUGGCUCGGUCACUCAUGGAGGUGGUGGCGAUGAUGGUCACGGCGGGCCAACCUCGGUUUGUUGUCGACGGUGA